ACGAUACGGAGUUCGGGUUCUAACCGACCUAAAUAUUAGACAACUGGGUUGGGUGAGACAGGACCAAGGAAGCCCACCGUCUAACAAUCUGGACAGCUAUAGGAGCAGACCCGCCGCUCGCAACAGCUGACUCAGCUGCGACUACGGAUCUACCGGCAGCGGCGUAACCAGAUCGUAACCAGAUCGUAACCAGAUCGAGCAGACGCGGCGGCACGAAUCAGCCUCGCCGUCGUGCCGCGGCGCUGAGUGACCAGGACCAUAGCCAGGCACGCGACCAACCGCUUCGGGGCCCACCCCGCCUAACCGCAAGGCGAACUCAGCAAAUUGCCUGUGCGCUGGCCGAGGCCUCAGGAAGGGGGCACGCAGCAGCAGCUGCAGCGGCGGCGGCGGUGCUGACUCAGCCCGGGCUCCCAGCCCGUCCGCAGCAGCCGCAGCAGCCACCGGCACAGGCGGCGAGGCACGAGGCCACCCUUGCCUCCGGCCCCACCCCGCCGCACCCGAGGCCGCGCGGCGUCACAGAGCGCAUGCGUGCCGCGGGGGAUGCCGGGAGCGCGCAGUGGCGGCACCGGCGGCGACAGCAGUCAGAGCGGAGGCUACAGCGGGGACGCGAGCGGGGCGGUGACCGUGUGGGAGGUGGUCUCACUCUUGGGGAAACUGCUGGGCACCGUCGCCGCGUUGAAGGUGGUUCUGUACCUGCUCCGGGUGUGCUUAGCGAUGGCCUGGAAAUCCGGCGGCGCCAGCCACUCGGAGCUAAUCCACAAUCUCCGCAAAAAUGGAAUCAUCAAAACAGAUAAAGUGUUUGAAGUAAUGCUGGCCACAGACCGCUCCCACUAUGCAAAAUGUAACCCUUAUAUGGAUUCUCCACAAUCAAUAGGUUUCCAAGCAACAAUCAGUGCUCCACAUAUGCAUGCAUAUGCACUAGAACUUCUAUUUGAUCAAUUACAUGAAGGAGCUAAAGCUCUUGAUGUAGGAUCUGGAAGUGGAAUCCUUACUGCAUGUUUUGCACGUAUGGUUGGAUCUACCGGAAGAGUCAUCGGAAUUGACCACAUUAAAGAGCUAGUAGACGACUCAAUAAAUAAUGUCAGAAAGGAUGAUCCGAUGCUUUUGUCUUCAGGGAGAGUGCAGCUGGUUGUGGGAGAUGGAAGAAUGGGAUAUGCCGAAGAAGCCCCUUACGAUGCUAUUCAUGUAGGAGCUGCAGCCCCAGUUGUGCCCCAGGCACUGAUAGACCAGUUAAAGCCUGGUGGGAGGUUGAUACUGCCGGUCGGCCCCGCAGGUGGCAACCAGAUGCUGGAGCAGUACGACAAGCUGCAGGACGGCAGUGUCAAGAUGAAGCCCCUGAUGGGAGUGAUCUACGUGCCUUUAACAGAUAAAGAGAAGCAGUGGGCCAGGAUUUCCAGUGCUAUGUUGAAUAAAAGUGGCGAGAGUGGGCAUCCUUGUCUUGUUCCUGAUCUUAGAGGAAAAGCUUUCAGCUUUUCACCGUUGAGUAUGAUGUUAGCUGUGGGCUUGUCAUAUAUGGCCUUUAUUAUGUUGAGGGACGAACUGUAAAAGCGCCAUCAGCUUGACCAGUAUAUAAUAUUACAGUGGAUUGCUCAUCUCAGUUCUCAAAGCUUUUUGAAAACCAACAGCAUCACAGCUUGUUUUGGACUUUGUUACACUAUUAUUUUCAGCAUGAAAAUGUGUGGUUUUGUAGGGUUUCUAAUUCUUCAAAGAGGCACGGAAGCCGAAUUGGUAGAGGAGCGAUGCAAAGUAUAAAUUUGUGGAUUUAUUAAUUCAACACACCCACACUUUACUUUAAAAUAUUAAAAGACGAGGUUCUGUCACAUGGAAAACUUAGUUUGUGAAUUGAUUCUGAGGAGUGGUUUUUCUUUUAGACACUUAAUUCUGUUUCAAUAUUAAUUUAUCAGAUUCCUUUUGUACAUGAGAUAACACCACCAUUCACAAGUUAGGAUUCUUGGUUUUUGGAUGUCUGUUAGAUGCCACUAAGAAAAUAGAGAUGAGCUCCCUUUUUAAAGCUUUUGAUGUGGUGUCAUAGAAUAGCAUGUUGUAGAUACAAUCAGCUGCUUUGUCACCUUAAAACUAAGCAUUUGUAAAUAUUAAAACUGACGAAGACGGCAGGUGAUGUCCUUUAAAACACUUAGCUGUUCGGAUUGGACAUGACUGACAUAGUACUUUCCCUCUUU